AUGACAACGGCUCUCACACGACUACACAUCUCGCCCCUCGACCCCGCCUUGCUCGACUCGAUUCUCGGCCCGACAAAUCGACCCCUGGCGACGAAUAUAUCGUUUCACACUAUCCCUACAUUCCCCGAAAAUAGCUUCGGAUACGUCAGUCUGCCAUCAAUGGAGGCAGACAAGCUGAAGAGAAAGCUCAAUGGCUCCAUUCUCAAAGGGAAGAAACUCAAAGUAGAAGCUGCUCGGCCCGACCCAAAAGAAACCAAAAAAUCAUCCGAAUCUUCAGAUACAGAUAAGAAGGAGGAGAAAAAGAAGAAGAAAUCUUCAAAGCGCAAGGCAGAGGAGGAGCAGGAAAAUGGAGUGCUCGAGGGACACGAACUGCCGGCCGAUCGGCAUGUGAAAAGAGGCUGGACCGAGCCAGCAAGUUCCAGGAAACAUAAGAAACAGAAAAAGAGUGAGAAGGAAGCAAAACCUGCGAAACUGCAGUCCAAGUCCAAGUACACGGAAAAGGCCGAGUGCUUAUUCAAAACAAAGACUCCGCCCAACAAGACUGUGACGGGAAAGAAGGACAAGAAACCUAAAAAUGACAAGGCUCCAAACGAGGUGCUUGUCCACGAGUUUGCGCAGACUGUCACUCAUCCUUCUUUCUUGAAGUCGACAACGCAGGACCAGCCAGUCACCGCUGGAUUUGAGGAAGGAAAGGGAUGGGUUGAUACGGAUGGCACAAUUAAAGAAGCGGCUAGUGAAAGAUCCAAAAAAGCGACUUUCCAUCCUGGGAAAAGGGAUGGCGCUAAAGAACGUGUCCCAAAAAAGUCGAAACUUGACCGACACUCCAAGAAGAAAGAAAAACCAUCUACGCCCGUCUCUUCCCCAAGCGAAUCUGAAGAACAGCCCGACUGGACCUCUUCAAGCGGCUCUAGUGAUAACGAUUCUUCAGCUUCUGAAAGUGAUACAAGCGACGAGAGUUCUGACGUCAGCUCAGAUGACGAAAGCUCAGCGUCAAAUGAAGAGGAGCGAGUAGCGAAGGCGACACCGGAAUCUUUGAACAAACCUGCACAUGGAGAUAAACCCAGGUCCGCGAAUGGCGACGAGCUAGAGAGUGGUGGUGGAUCCAACAAGGAGGAUAACUCUAAAGAUAGCGAUUCUACAAGUGACAAGGCUACUAGUGAUGAAGAUAGCUCUGAAGACUCUUCUUCGUCAUCCGAAGACGAGACGGAAGAAAGCGAAACGAACAAUGUGCACCCGCUAGAAGCUCUAUUCAAACGAAAAGAGCAGCAGCCCGAAGAGACCAAUACUGGAUUUAGUUUCUUUGGCGGCAAUGAAGACGAUAUCGAAGAUGAAGACGAAGACGAGGCUCAGCAACCUACGUCCACUGAACCACUAACUCCUUAUACUCGCCGUGAUCGUCUAGUCCGAGAUGUGCGAAGCGCCGCUCCAACACCAGACACUGCGGUGCGCAGUCACACCAAACUGCUCGCUGACGAAGAUGAAGAUAUGGAAGAUCUCGACGAUGAACCUGACACGGAAUCGAGCCCGUCCAAAGCUCGUGAUCAGUCAGUUGCCCAGCAGCCACAAGAGACCGAUUUUGCGAAAUGGUUCUGGGAAAAUCGAGGAGACAACAACAGGGCAUGGAAGAAGAGACGUCGUGACUCUGCUAAAGAAAAGAGGCAGCGCGACAAUAGGCGCAAAGGAAUGAAAGGCCGAGGAUAG